UCUGCGAGAGUGAGCGAGCGAGGGAAAGGGGGAAAGAGGUACUUUUACCUUUCUCCCGCUCUCUCUGUCUCUUUCUCCCUUCCUCCGGCUUUUACCCACCAUGCUCCGAGUCUGGACUCUGCGAUCCCGCCGCCGUUUGCGCUUCAGGAGCGAGGCUCAUUAUUGCUGGCUUUCCCCGGGUUUCCCUCUCUAGGGAAAGGAUGAAGAAGGCAGGGUCGGGAGGUAGGAGAAGCUGACGAACUCUCGCUUCUUCUUCUCCUUCUUCUCCGCCUCCACCUCCUCCAGCCUGUUCCUGCGCGACCACCAUGAGGGAUGAGAAAGAAGCCGCCGCCGCCGCCGCCGCUCCUUGCUGCCGCGGGCUCAACAAACUUCUCAGCCAGCAUCCUCCGGCUCGCGGUUCUGCGGAGCCCAGCCUGCGGAACGGCUACGCGAAGGGAUGCGCGACUCCCCUGCCCCGGAGCCCCCCGCUGGACCUCCGUGCGCUGCUCCCAGCCGCCUCUCGCCGGCCUCUGGUCUUGGGGCUGGGCGCCGCGGCUGCUGCCUUGGUUCUCCUGGCGUGGUCCUUGCUCUGGGGAGAGCGCGAAAGGAAAGCAGGCGGAGCUGCGAGCCGCCCCGAAGCAGCCGGGCUGUUGGCACCGCUCGGGCUUUGCCAGUGCCUGAGUCCCCUCUUCAGUCUCGCCUGUGCCUUUUACUUCCUCACCUGCUAUCUGGCCCGGGACGAGCCCGGCGGCCUCUGGUGGCUUCUGGCGCUGCCGGUUUGCUGCUACGCGGGGGAUCUGGUGGCGCUGCAGUGGCUCCUGCUGUCCCGCCAGGCCAAAGCAGAGGAAGGCGUCCCCCAACCCCCACCCGCCGAAGUGCAGAUGAUGGCGGGGCGGUUGCUGGCCGCGCUCGGCACUGUGGCUGGGCUGACCCUUUUGCAGCGCAGCCUCAAACUCCGCAGCAGCCUCCUGGUUUUGGUUUUCUCCAGCUUCGUGUGGCUGGUCUCGCUCACCUGUCUGGGUGCUCUGCCUCCGCCCCUUAGACCGCUGCUGUCCUGCUUCGCCGGGACGGCGGGAUGCUUGUUGGCGCUGCUGGGAGGAGGGUGCUGCAUAUGCUCCUCUCGCUCCCCUCUGGGUCGGUGUUCACAGCAGCAAGCCCGGUGUUCGCAUCCCAAGUUGCCCAGCAGCACAGAGCACAGAGUUCCUGUGAUCCGACCCAGGAGGAGAUCCAGUUGUGUGUCCUUGGGAGAGACUUCUGCCACUUACUAUGGCAGCUGCAAAAUGUCCAGGAGACCUUCGUUGCCUUGCAUUUCUAAAGAACAGAUGAUUCUUUGGGAUUGGGACUUAAAGCAGUGGUAUAAACCUCAUCAUCAGAAUGCAUGCAGUCGAACUGAAGUUGAUCUUUCCGUACUAAAUCAGACUCGCAACAUGGUGUCUGAUCUUCUGUCUGAUCCAGUCCUUCCUCCACAUGUGAUUUCUUCUCUUCAAAGCAUCAGUAACUUGCUAAGUGCUUUCUCAGGUUCAUGCAGACCAAAGAUUAACCUGUUUACUCCCUUUCCGGGGUUUUAUGCCUGUCCAGAAAUGGAAGACUCACCUGAAAGAGGAGACUGUAAGCUGCACAAGGUACUGGGCAGCCGAAAUAGCUUGCCAACGCCACAGUUAAGGCGAAGUUUAGGAACCUCAAGUUUGCUGCCCAUUGAUCCAGCUUCUAGAUGGGAACGCAAUAAUGGCAAAAGGUCACACCAUGAGUAUAAUCUUUCAAGCCAGGGAUCUUAUCCAAAUGGGCCUAUUGUCAGCACAAACCUGUUGACAAUACCGAAACAAAGAUCAUCUUCAGUGACCUCAGCAAACAAUGCAGGGUCUAGACGAGCUGGAGUUUCUCAGAAUCUAAGUCCUGGAGCUUCACCCAGUAAUGGAUUUCUGUCUAGCGGGUACCACCGAUCACCUGUAGAAUUUCCUGAUACUGCUGAUGUUCUUACUAAACCUAGUAUUAAUGUACAUAAAUCUCUGGGAAGCACAUUUAAUUCUUCAGAUUUUCAGCAACCAUUUAGAACAUCUUCAUGUUAUACCUGUAACAGUUGCAGGCGACAGGCGUUCAACUCUGUCGCAAACCCAUUAUUUGAAUCUGUGGCAGAACGUCAAAGCCAAAAAUCAGGUGAGGAUGGAAAUAGCAAUGUUUCAAAAGACUCCAGCCGUUUUACAGAGAAACUGCUCAGUGAAAUGGCAGAAACAAAAAAUCACAGUUGUCAAAUGGAUCAAACUAAGAAUUUUCAGUCCAAUAUUGAGGAGGAUCCUUCAUUAGAACUGAUGUUAAUAGAAAACCACAAUUCAUUAAUGGAGGAAAUGAACAGCUGGAAUUUUCAAAUAUUUGAUUUUGUUCAAAAAAUGGGAGAUAAAUCUAGAAGAAUUCUUAGUCAGGUUGCAUUUACAUUGUUUCAAGACACUGGUUUAUUUGAAAUUUUCAAAAUUCCAAUUCAGCAGUUCAUGAACUACUUUCAAGCACUAGAAAAUGGUUAUCGAGACGUUCCCUAUCACAAUCGAAUACACGCAGCAGAUGUUCUUCAUGCCGUGUGGUAUCUUACCACAAGACCAAUUCCUGGAUUUCAGCAAAUAGACAGUGACUCUGGGACAGGAACCACCAUUGAAAGUGAUAUUUCAGCUGGCCAUGUUGCCUAUGUUUCCUCCAAAAGCUGUCCUGUUGUAGAUUUAAACUAUGGAUAUUUAGCAUCAAAUAUUCCAGCUUUAGAAUUAAUGGCUUUAUAUGUAGCAGCAGCCAUGCAUGAUUAUGAUCAUCCUGGGCGGACAAACGCUUUUCUGGUAGCAACAAAUGCUCCACAGGCUGUGUUAUACAAUGAUAAAUCAGUUCUAGAAAAUCAUCAUGCAGCCUCUGCAUGGAGUCUUUUCUUAUCUCUACCAGAAUACAAUUUUCUGUCUAAUCUUGACCAUGCGCAGUUCAAACGAUUUCGAUUUUUAGUGAUUGAAGCAAUUCUUGCAACAGACCUCAAGAAACAUUUUGAUUUUCUUGCUGAAUUUAAUGCCAAGGUAAGCAUGAAUGGGCACGGUAUCGAAUGGAGCAGUGAGAGUGAUCGACUGUUAAUAUGCCAGAUAUGCAUCAAGCUCGCGGAUAUCAACGGUCCAGCCAAAGUCAGAGAUCUACACCUGAAAUGGACAGAAGGGAUUAUUAAUGAAUUUUAUGAACAGGGAGAUGAAGAAGCAAAUCUGGGGCUACCUAUUAGCCCUUUUAUGAACCGACAUUCUCCUCAACUUGCCAAAUUACAAGAAUCUUUUAUUACCCAUAUUGUUGGUCCUCUUUGCAAUUCUUAUGAUGCAGCUGGCUUGCUUCCAGGCCAGUGGAUUGAAAAAGGGGAGAUGGAAAGCUCUGAGGAUUAUGAUGCAGAAGAGAAUAGCGAAGAAGAUGAAAUUGAAGAUUUAGGAACAAAGUUACAAAGAAGAAAAAGCAGACAGCGAAUAUUUUGUCAACUAAUAUACCAUUUGAAUGAAAAUCAUAAAAUAUGGAAGAAAAUCAUGGAAGAAGAGGAGCUAAAUAAACCAGAAGAAAAUAAUCAUUCAGAAAAUAGCUCCUUAUGUCAAACAGAUGAGAUUCAGGUCAUUGAGGAAGCAGACGAAGAAGAGGAACGACAACAAGGACAAGAAAAAACAUUUUAGAAAGACUUCAUAACUGUGUUCCAGACUGCUCCAAGAAAUGUAUACUCUUACCCAUAAUGCUGGCUAUAAACUGACAGACUUGAGAGAAGUGUGAAAAAUAGUACACUGAAUAAUGUCAAAGGACAUUUAUUUCUUCAACAUCAUCACACUUUUAUGCAGUUUCACCACAUGGAAAUAAAAAAACCCUUUAUUCAUAGAUUUACUGAAUACUGCAUUCCAUGAUGAGAUUUUAUGUCCAGCUUGGUGUUCAAGUACCUUGUUUUGCUGCCUUCCUGAAAGUAACUAUUAUCAAAAUGGAAUGUACAUAAUUUUGGGGAAAAAUCAGUCUGAAAUACCCAAGUUACAAGGACAAUUGUUUUACUGAAGCUCUUGAGACAAAUGCCUAUGAUGUUUUAGAACUGGUAUUUUGUUUUUAAUGUGAACCUUAAAAUCACUGUGCCUCUCAAUAUGCAGUUCCCAUCAAUUUAUUUUGCAAGAGUUUUAUUAAUGAAGUUAUUGGAUUGAUUUAACCAUUAGAUGAUUGCAACCAGAAUUGCUGGGUUCUGGGUUCUUUAUGGUUAAAACUGAAUUCCUUCUGCAUCUGUUUGAUGCUUUUUUUUUUUUUUUACUGUGGUAAAUAACCUGCCAUUUUAUUUUUCUAAAAAUGUACAGGUUUCCAAUAAGUAUUCAGGCUAAUUUGCUAAAUACACCCCUGUUGCCUUUCUCUCAUUGUUCUGCAAUAGAACAUACAAGCUAUUUAACUAUUUUAAUAAUAACAGGAUUUUAUUCUUUUAGUCAAUGUUAUAAAUAUGUCCUACUCUUUCUCAGGAUAAAGGUUUAAAAACAUGGCACAGCAGAUUUUAUAUUUACAGUCUUAUGCUAAUGCUAGAUGGUCAUUAAAAAUGGAUUUUCACUCUAUGUAACCUCCAUAAAAAUUAAAAUAUGGUUUUCUAUAAACAUA